GGCGCGCCCCGCCCUCUCCCGGCGGGGUCUGGGCAGCGGCGGCAGCGGCGGAGGGCUAUGCGGCGGGGGAGACGGGGCAGGCCCCACCUCCUUUGUCCGCCCUGCCCUCCCAUUGGUCCGGGCGGGGGGCCGGGGGCGGACACCGGCGCCGGGCCGGAGCAGCGCGGCUCAGGCUGCGGGAAAGCCGCGCGCGUGCAGCGGAGUGGGUGCGCGGGUCCGCGGGCGAGUUCGAGCAGCCAAACCCGGGCGCGUCGGGGCCAUGGACGGCCUGAGCCAGCGCGUGGAGCGCUUCCUGGAGCAAAGGAACCUGGUCACCGACGUGCUGGGGGCGCUGGAGGCCAAGACCGGGCUGGAGAAGCGGUAUCUGGCUGCAGGAGCCGUCACUCUGCUAAGCCUGUAUCUGCUGUUCGGCUACGGAGCGUCUCUGCUGUGCAAUCUCAUCGGAUUUGUGUACCCCGCAUAUGCCUCAAUCAAAGCUAUCGAGAGCCCAAGCAAGGACGACGACACUGUGUGGCUCACCUACUGGGUGGUGUACGCCCUGUUCGGGCUGGCCGAGUUCUUCAGCGAUCUACUCCUGUCCUGGUUCCCUUUCUACUACGUGGGCAAGUGCGCCUUCCUGUUGUUCUGCAUGGCUCCCAGGCCCUGGAACGGGGCUCUCAUGCUGUAUCAGCGCGUCGUGCGCCCGCUAUUCCUAAGGCACCACGGGGCCGUGGACAGAAUGGUGAACAACCUCAGCGGGCGAGCCCUGGACGCGGCAGCCGGAAUAACCAGGAACGUCAAGCCAAGCCAGACCCUGCAGCCGAAGGACAAGUGAAGCAGCCCCCUGGGCCUCACAAGGACCUCCCGGCUGGUGAGGAGGGGGCCGCACCGGGCUCCCAGCCCUCCACAGAGUCUUCAGCGCAUCUCCCGACGGCAGCCCCCGCCAGUCCCUCGGGUCCAGGCAAGGCCCUGGGGGUCUCCUUAAAUGCCACCUCGGGCCAGUCCCAGUCCCAGUCCUCGGCCACCCCCAGCUCUGAAUCCCAGGGCCAGCUGCCCUCCGGCUCUGGUCGUGGCAAGGCCCAGGGCCAGCGUCGGGCACGGGGCCGCUCCCAGCGGUCUCGGCAACGCACCCAGCUGCCUGGUACUUCCUCCGGCCCCUCCCAGUCAGCCCUCCCGUCCUCGAGGCCCCUGCAGCCACCCAACGUCACCUCCAGCCCAGUCUCACCCGUGGUCCAGUCUCCCAGCAGCAGCAACGUCCCCACGCAGCCUCCCAGCAAGCCCCCUGGCGAGCCAGAGGACACAGCCCCCAAGACCAGCGGACAGCGCCAGAAGCAAUCCUCGAAACAGCCUGCCAGCAGCACCUCAGUGCCCGAGCUGGUCCCCUGCCACUCCGGGACCUCUCUGGAGUACACUUCGGAGUCCACCACUGAGAUCACCUGCAGCUGGCCACACCACAGGCCCCCGUGCCUGCAGCACUAUUGGUGCCUGAAACACCUGGCCUGCUAGGAGGCACCAAUAAAGCUAACCCGGACCAGA